AUGGAUCGCCUCAUGUCCUCGAUCUGCUUGAUCUUCUUCUUCUCUGCAUCGCUGAUCGCAAAUGGCUACUCGAUCCCCCGGAGUGAUGCCGACGACGAGCUUCUGAUCCGGCAGGUGGUGUCUGACGCCGACGUCUCAUCGAAGAAAGAUGAGGCGGUGCUGGGGGCGGAGGGGCACUUCGCCAGCUUCCUGAAGACGUAUGGGAAGUCGUACGCCACUCCAGCGGAGCACAGCUACCGGUUCUCCGUGUUUAAGGCCAAUCUGCGCCGGGCGCGGAGGCAUCAGCUGCUGGAUCCGUCUGCCGUCCAUGGGGUUACUCAGUUUUCCGAUCUUACACCGGAGGAGUUCGAGCGGAACUACCUCGGCCUCCACCGCAGGAGGCCCACCAUGUUCUCGAAGGUGGGAAACGGUGGCACGCACGAGGCGCCUAUCCUCCCCACCAACGACCUUCCGCAGAACUUCGAUUGGAGGGAUCAGGGCGCCGUUACCCCUGUCAAGAAUCAGGUCGGUAGAGGGCGAUCUCGAUCCAUCGUAUCUGGUUAUCUCUUAUGUGUCUAUGGGUCAUUACUUUGGCGUCCGGAUUGCAGGGCUCUUGUGGAUCUUGCUGGUCUUUCAGCGCAGCGGGGGCUCUGGAAGGGGCCCAUUUUCUGGCGACGGGAAAUCUAGUGAGCCUCAGCGAGCAGCAGCUUGUAGAUUGUGAUCACGAGGUAUGUUUUUCUAUCCCAGAAGACUAGGCCUGUUGUGUGUUUUCCUGGGAACAGCGUGUCCCAUCUACCGCUUUUGGGACUCCUGGCCCACACGGUUGUUGGGGUACACCUACCACAUCGGAUUUUUUUGGAUCAUUUGCGUCAUAUGUUUAGGACAUGACACAUAGAUAAUACCUACGUAUUGAUAUGCUUAUAUCUUUCAAAUAGACUUCUUCGAACCUAUCCAUGAAAGUUGUGAUAAUACGUCUGAUGAGUGCCAUUCCCAUGUCUGUCUUUUAUGAGUUAUCCGUAAUCCAUGGAUAUUUAUGGAUUCCUGUUCUGCCAUAUCCCUUCAAUUUUUCCUGAAUUUAUCCCAGCUUCCUCAGGGAGCAGGCCCUAUAUUAUUUAUGGGAUUGUCAUAAAAGUGUGAUUUUGUUUUCUAUAUUUAUGAACUAUACACUUAUUUUGCAGUGUGACGCGUCUGAACCUGAGUCCUGUGAUGCGGGAUGCAACGGUGGAUUGAUGACUACUGCUUUUGAUUACUUAAUCAAAUCGGGUGGCCUGGAGCGUGAGGAAGAUUAUCCUUACACAGGGACAGAUCGAGGCACCUGCCACUUUGACAAGAACAAGAUUGCAGCAUCAGUAUCUAACUUCACUGUUGUCUCUGUUAAUGAAGAUCAGAUCGCUGCCAACCUCGUUCAGAAUGGUCCUCUUGCAAGUAGGUGGUCAAAUCUCUGAUUUGCAUGCUUUAAUAUUUUCCCUCCAGGGUAAUCUGAUCGUUCGUCUAGCCAACUCAUCUAGCAUCUCCCUGUGGAUGAAUUAAAUCACUUAACAAGAUGUUCCUGCUGUGCUGUGCUACUAGCUAAUUAAAUAGCUGACAAUUUGGCAAUCAAAUAGCUGAAAUAUAAUUUUUUUUCUACUAUCUCCGUGCAGUUGGUAUCAAUGCAGUCUUUAUGCAGACAUAUAUCGGGGGAGUUUCGUGCCCAUACAUCUGUGGAAGACACCUUGACCAUGGUGUGCUUCUUGUGGGGUAUGGCUCGGCUGGGUAUGCACCAAUUCGUCUGAAGGAGAAACCAUACUGGAUCAUAAAGAACUCAUGGGGCGAAAGCUGGGGAGAGAAGGGCUACUACAAGAUCUGCAGAGGUCGUAAUGUUUGUGGGGUCGACUCCAUGGUCUCCACUGUGUCUGCCCUCCGUACUUGA